AUGAGAUCCUCCGUGUCUUGCGAGAUAUGGACCGCCAGCGCGCCGAAGACCGAACCCGCCGCCGUGAAGCUCAAUCCCGAUUUGCUGCACAGACGCCGCCGCCCGCCACUCCAUCACCGAAACGACCUAGACAAGAGCAAGCGCCUCUCACUCCGCCGCCGACGCAGCCAAGGCGCUCCCCAAAGACCCCGGCCGAUGCGAGAAACCGUUCAACUUCAACGAGACUCUGUCGAAUCCAUACUGCAUCACUACAACGCCACUUUCCGCGUCAAGGAGCAGGCAUCAUCGACAAGAUCCUGGUGCAACGAAGUUCCGGUUGCCCUCCAGGUAGAGGCUGCUAAAUCUUUCUACCAAGCGUUUACCGAGGAACGGACGUUGCCGGUUUCCCACUGCGUCUUCUGCUAUAGGAAGACACCGCCUUGCGAACUCGCCACCAUACAGUGGAGGGAUCGCUUGUCGCCCUCCAUGCUGCAGGCGACCAAGACUGUCCAAGAGUGUGGCGCGUGCCUUCCGUCACACGAGGGCGCCAGAGUUGACGUGUGCCGCGAGUGUCGCGCCGGCUUCGACAGUGGACGGCUGCCCAAAGCCUGCUCGGUCAACAACAUGGCCAUCGGUUGCGAACAUCGGUACCCCGAAGAGCUUGAUGACCUCUCCCCCGUUGAAGAGAGACUCAUUGCCCUGCAUGCACCUUUUGGCUAUAUCACCAAGUUCACGGUCGACAACAAGACCCGUUCGGGAAUCAGCUACCGCAAGCACGUGAAAGGACACAUCGUCGUCUUCCCGAACAAAGUGGAUGAUCUUGUGGCCACGGUUCUUCCUCAUCCCUUACUGCAGGCCAUUGAGAACAUCCACGUCUCUUGGAGCGGUCCGGGCAAGCCUGGCUCCGCAGACGUCAGACACCUGCUUCAAGUGCGCAAAUCUCGAGUGGCAGCUGCCCUGGCAUGGCUGCAAAGGAACAACCCGCUCUACGAGGAUAUCGCAAUUAACCAAGCAGAGAUAGAUGGCUGGCAGUAUGCCGACGGCUCCACUGUUCCGACCGUCAUCAUGGACCGCAUGCGAAGGGAGGAACCGUCGACCGUUGAGAAGACACAAACGGACCACAUAGUCCCGGACACUGAUCGAGGCUUGGAGGAAAACAGCUUCAGAAGCAUCGAUGAACUGGUGAACUCGAUCAACCCCACUUUUGCGGCUGAAUCCUGCGAUUUAGAUCGUACUCUGUCCCCCGAGCAGACUCAACCAUCCCUGAUGUCUGCUUCCGGCAUGUUUCCUCUCAAUGGACCGGCUGCCUUCGCCGAGACCGAUAAACUGUCGUUUCUGGCCGACAUCGUCAACGCCAAUCCGGAUCGACAUGGCAACUCUGUGCCGCUCGAGCAAGCGUAUGCGAACUUGAACGAGGACCGACUGAAGAGAGCCGAGGCGGAGAUGCGGGAGGCAAGGACCACGUCGGACCCUGACAUAUCGGUCUUGCUUCGCGAGCUGUCGAUUUUGGCCACGCACAGCCGCUCUCGAACGAAUCCCGUUUGCUUAUGCGGAGGAAGAUACAAGCUGUUAACAUUUGGGCCGAUGAAACUUGCCAUUCAUAGGCUGCACGAUUAUGACUCUGCAAUGGAGCUUUUAGCCGAUCUCCGUGAAAGGUACGACAGAAUCGCCCUCAGCACCAUGGAUCCGGUUAGCUCGGCCAUCUUCUUCCACCGAGAAAUAUCCUUAUUCUUUGACAAGUACGUGAACACGGGCCAGGAAUCGAUCUUUGGAAAGAUUAGCCACUACUACGCCACGGUGGAAACGAACGAGCGAGGCAGCCUCCACUUACAUGGACUCCUCUGGCUGGACGGCAACAUGCGGUUACCGAACCUGGUAGACGAUAUGGCCAAUCCUGCGGAAGAAGGAUACCGUGCCCAAGUGACCCGGUACGUAGACUCUGUCUUUCACGAGUCACCGUGGAAGAUCGUCGACGAGACAGGGUUCACAGAGGACGGCUUGCUUCAGAUCCGGCGCAACCAUCCACUCGUCAAUCGGUAUAACAAGUCAUUGGCGGUCGGCCUUCGUCAUAACCAUGACGUCUCGAUGAUCUUGACCAAAACCAAGGGCCUGGCCAUGGUGUACUACAUCACGAACUACGCCACCAAACUGGAUACGCCGAUGUGGAAACGCAUUGCUCUUGCCGCCGAGGUUGCCCGCCAACUUCGCGAAGCCGGUCGUCCGACGUCUCGCGCACCAGAUCCCACCCUGCCCGACGACAGGCAGCAGGCAGUAUUGAAUGAAAGCCGUCAAUUCCUGAUGAGAACGGCAAAUCGGAUCUUCUCCGAGCGACAACUCUCGGCCGUAGAGGUCUGUUACCAUCUCCUUGGAUAUGACACCGACUUUACCAACGUGCCGCAUUGGUCUUUCCUGAACCUGACGGCGCUCUAUUGGGCAAUCUUUCGGCUAUGGGCACAUCUCCGCCAUCAGGCCGGCGAGCUGACGGACGCUGAACAGCCCCCGGAGACAAUCCGUCUGAGGCAAGGAGGGCGAACCCUUUUAUACCUGGACGCGUACGCGUACCGGGGCCAUGUUCUACGAGACCUAUGCCUGUACGACUAUAUGUCAAUGAUUCAUUUGAUGCGUCGAAAAAGUCGGAGUGAAGACGACUCUCACAUUUUUCUCGAUGGGCAGGAUUCCGACUGUGACGGCUGGAUGCAAAAGCUUCGACGGCCAGACCAGUACGCCGUCCCGAUCUUCCAAGGAUACAUCAGCGACGACCAUGAGGACGAUCACCCAGUGUAUAUUAAGCGAAAUUCGGUCCUACAUUUGGCACACGAAGCUCUGGGCCAGUCGAUCGGAGGUGACGACACAAUUGACGUUGAGUACCCACUGGACGACGGCCACUACGAGGAUGAGCCUCCAGCGAUGGCUCAACAUCAGGCUUACACAGCUCUACUCCAGAUUUUGCGGAAUUCCGUGCAAAAUACUGACGCCACAAAGGACUCCCUCGUCCUCUUGGAUCUAAUACGCGACGUGCGUAAGGGGAACCUCGCUGGAGGACAACCUUUUGUCCAACGUCAGGAGGAUCUGUACCUCAAUAUACCCCACGACCAAGGCGACACCUUGUGCCAAUUCCCAAUAUUAUCUCGAGAUGAUGUCCAAGCAGCAGCCAAGGCCCAAGACCUGUUGCAUCUUCGAAUGCUGGACGACAUCGAGGGUGGUUCUCAGGGCACCGUACUAUCCACGAAUGGCGCCGACAUCGACGAUACCCUAGCUCGCUACGGCGAUAUGGACACCGCCGCUGCGCUCACAGGCAGUGACCUCAAUGAACAAGGCCCUCGAAUGCUCGUUGACGUCACUCCGGCGACUAGCUUCGCGGAGAUGGGGCACACCACCGCAGCCACCUUCACACUGAACUAUCUACAGACCAUGGCCCUUCAACUCGUUUGCGCAUUUCUAGACAGGUAUACGGCUAAUCCGGACUCAGCUGGCCAACAUCUCCAGUAUACCGGCGGGCCGGGUGGCACGGGAAAGUCGAGGAUCAUCGAUGCCCUGAAGGACGUGUUCGCGGCGAGAAACCAGCCACAUCUUCUGCAGAUAACCGGCACAUCGGGCAGUUCGGCGGCCCAGAUUGGCGGCACGACGAUCCACUCGGCCUGUGGAUUGUGGCAUCUGUUCAAAACCGUUGUGCUCCUCGAAGACCAGGUCCGGGCACGCGACGAUCCCCAACUCGGCGCACUCCUGGAUCGAGUUCGUGACGGGCGGCAGACACGGCAAGACCUCGACUUGCUCAACGCCAACAUUGUAGGACGCUCCCAAAUCACCUUCGACAAUGGUUUGCGUGCUAUAACGCCGCUGAACCGCACCCGCUGGGCCCUCAACAUGGAAGCUGUCGUAGGCUGGGCGCGCUUCAACAAGCAACAUAUCCGUAUCUUUAUCUCGACUCACACCUGGCGCAACGGCACGCUUUCUCCAAACAUCAUAGCACAAACCAUUGGACAAGGUGAUGACUCUGUCUGCAAAGUCCCUGGUGUCUUUUUCUACGCCCAAGUCUCAAGAGACGAAAACGUUGGCGAUACCGUCCCUGCCGUUGGGGACCGUGCUCAUCCGACCCAUGUCACAUACGCUCGAUUCGACUAA